GCGGGACGCUGGCGGUGUAGGGUUGUGGGUGGUUUUCGUAUAAAGGAGCCGGGCCCUGCCCCUAACAGGGUUAAGGGCUUUCGGCACGUGAGGCGGUGACAGAGAAGUUCGGGCCUGGGAGUCCAGGGAUGCAGAUCCGGGGUGUGAGCAGGGGGCCCCGGUGCCAGGGCAGUUUGGAGCCAACCAGCAAGCCCCGCCUUGGCCUUAGCGAAACCCUUCCUUUUCCUUUUGCCAGGAUCCUCCUGGGGACGGUUGCAGGCUGGGCUAUGAGGACGCUUCCACUGCGCCCAGCCCCACUCGUACUUCCGGGGAGACUGCCCUGAGCCCAGGCUGGCGAUGAAGAGCGACCCUUCGACAUCUGCAGCCCCCCUCCGGGGCCUCGGGGGGCCCCUCCGGAGCAGCGAGCCGGUGCCCGCCGCCCCAGCCCAGUCGCUGGCGGAGGUUCUACUGGAGGAGGCGGCCGACCUCUUGGUGGUGCACCUGGACUUCCGGGCGGCGCUGGACACCUGCGAGCGGGCCUGCCGCAGCCUGGCCUGCGAUGGCCAAGCCGAGGACCACGCCGGCACCUCCUUGGAGGUGAAAUGUGCCCUGUGUGUUGUGGGGAUCCAGGCUCUGGCGGAAAUGAAUCGUUGGCAGGAAGCCCUCUCCUGGGUCCUUCAGUACUACCAGGACCCUGAAAAGCUACCCCCCAAAGUCUUGGAGCUGUGUGUCCUCCUGUAUAGCAAAAUGCAGAAGCCUGGCAUCGUGCUGGGUGUGGUCAGUGCCUGGCUCAGAGACUCACACAAUCAGAGCCUUCCAGAAUACAGAGCCUUGGCGGAUCUUCACCUGCAACGGGUGCUGCUGCCCCUGGGCCGCUGGGCUGACGCGGAGGAGCUGGUGGUAGGCUCCGUGGCCUUGGGUGCGGAGCAGCGGCAGGAUGCGCUCCAGGCCAUUCGCACAGCCAGGCCACAGCGGAAAUGCAGACAUCCAGGCUCUGAGGAGGCCCAGGAGCCCAGCCUGGCAGACUCCUUGUCCCACAAGUUCCUAUCACUACUGAUGUUUCUCCGCCGGCUGUGGGAUGCUACGUUGAGCCGCGUCUCCUCAAUGCCCUUCAAAAAGACCCUGCUGGCCGCUGUGAUCCUCUGCCUCCUGGUGGUGAAGUUUGACCCAGCCUCGCCUUCGUCCCUGCCCUUCCUCUGCAAGCUGGCUCAGCUCUUCCAUCGGCUCCGGGAGGCCGCGUUUGCCCCCCUCUACCGGCCCCCUGUCCAGGACUGAGUGGUCCUUCCUCAGGAACCUCGUCUUCUCCAUUCCCCACCAGCACAGAAGCGGGGUCACUCCGUCCGUUGCCUAACCUGGAUUCAGUUGGAUCCCCCUGGGGGUGGGGCCAGCUCGCUCCAGGGAGUGCUGAUCCAAUCAUUUGAACUGUGUCUACCUGCCUGAAUGCCCUCUCUUGGAACCCCAUUUUUCUUGGGCUCGUGGGUAAUGUGGAAACCAAGUGGGGGCCGAGGGGCCAAGUCCUUCAAAACAGGCCUUACACCCAGAGGCCCCUGGGGAAGAGGAUUAGGAAGGAGGAGCGUGUCCCUGAAAAACCUUGCAUCUGGGCUAAGUCAAAGAGUGAAGUUGUUCAUGACGUUGGAAGUUCAGAAAACUCGAGAGAGUGACUUCUGUCUGUUCAUGUGCUUGGAAACUCCAUCUCUGAGAAGCAGGCCAUCAGAGGCCUGAGAGGGCCUCUCUGUGACCCCUCACUGCUCCCUGCAGGUCUGGCAUGUUCCCAGGGGCCCCCAGGUCUCUCAGGCCUCAUACUGUUUGGACCAGGGCACGGCUUCCAGAACCACUCAGGUGACCGUUGGAAACAAAGUCGGCUGCCUGGCUCUGAGCACUGGGUAAAGCGAUCUUGCUGGGCCUCCUGGGGUUCAGUUCGGCCUUCCAGGUUGCCAGUGGCCAGCUCUCUCUGUGCUGUUGCACUCAGUAUCUGCCCACCCGGCCCUCCUGUGCGUCCCCUUCCCGCAGCAGGAGUGUUUCUGUACUGUGUCCGGUGGCUCGCUCACAGUGUCUGCUUGCUUCCUUAGCAGACACUGGGGUGUGUGCCCCGCCCCCCUCCUGUGCCCUGCUGUCCUAGUUUUGUGCCGUUGUCUGUAUAACGCACACGGUCUCUCGCUGGUGUGGCCUUCAGAAGUAGGCCAGCCUCCAAACCAAGUCCGAACAGCUGAAAAUGGAACUGGGUAAUCAGGUGAGCUGGAAGCAUGCCUGGAAGGGGGGCACCUUGGGAAGAAGGGACGUGAGACUUGGAGGCAGUGAACAAUAAAACCGGAGAGGGAGGCAGCCUGAGCUUUCUGUCACGCACACAGUCUCAGGCACUGGGCCGUCCUGCCCAGGGUGCAGCAGCUGUGGGGUCAGGACGGUGGAGCGCUCCGAGGAGCAGGGCCAGCCUCAGUGGUGGCAGUGCCUCAGUCAGGGAUCCCAAAGAUUUAUAGGAAAUCUUUCCCUUGGUGUAGGAGACCUGGUUGUGUAAUGGGUGGAGCUCUUGACUGCUUACCCAAAAGGUUGGCUGUUUAAACCCACCCACUGCCCUGUGGGAGGAAGAUGUAGCGGUCGGCUUCUGGAAAGAUUCUAAACCAAGCUCACUGCCAUUGAGCCCAUUCGGACUCACGUGACCUCAUAGGUCGGAGCAGAACGGUCCCUGCAGGGUUCUGACAUGGACACCUUACAGGGGUAGAGAGCCUCGUUGUUCCCUGAGGGGUUUCAAACUGCCCCGAGAGGCAGUUCUAUGCUGUCCUAGGGGCCCCUCGGGUCACAGUGGGCUCCACGACAGUGGGUUUGGUUUUUCAGGAGCUCGCUUUAAAAAAAAAUGGGUAGAGAGUCAAUCAACCUCACAGAUCCUUGGGACAAUCUGAUCCUCGGGGAGUGGUCCAAACCUUAGGAAACCUACUUUUAGAAGUAGGCUUUUAUGUGGAGCUUAGAACUUGGGAGAGAAAGGGAGGCAGUUGAGCUUCGAGAUGCAUUCAAAAGAAUGAUUUCUCUAAAAUGAAACUGCUUCUGUUCAAGAUCCUCCACCAAGUUCUGUAAUGGCUUCCAAGUGGCCCCCAGGAGAAAGCUCAGGUGCGGCCUCCUGGCGAUGCAGGCCUGCCAGGCACCGGCUUCAAGUAGCACCUCCACUUUCUCCAGGGCCUCUCUCGUUGAGCAUGCCGCCCUCCAUGCACAGCCAGUCACAGCUCUCUGGGCACCCCAGGCUUGCUCUUAACCUUGCUGCCCCCAAGAAGCCCUUUCUGCCUGUCUGGCGAGCUCCUCAGCCUUCAGGCCUUGACCCGGGCUUGCCUCCACCGGCUUCCUUCCAGAGCCCUUGGUCCCUCCUGUGGGAGUGGCUCCAUGGCCGUACCCUCGGUGACCGUGAGCUCUCUGCCGUUUGGUUUGUGCUGGUAAGAGCUGGGGCUCUGCCCGGGGUGGGGUGUCUGAGUUGGGGUCUCUAACUCUCAGUGAGAUAGUAACUGAAUUCUGGCCGCAGCGUUCUCGCUGGUCAGAGCCUGGGCUCUUUAGGGAUUGUUUGGUGAGUAAUGAGAUCACGGAGGUGCUUAGCACACACCCCUGCCCCCGGCACAAGUGCUCGGGAAUGGUAGCUGCCACCAGAAUUCACGGUGCCCCCGUGCCUGGCAGAGUGCCUGGGAGUCGGGUGCAGGGUCGUUGGAUGGAGUGACUCCAAAGAGUUAUUGGGAAGAGGCUGAUGCACUGUGGGGUCACAGUUUGGUGCUCAUCUCCAACUCUGCCACCCCUCCUACCUGUCCAGUCGGGAGGAACUCAAUCCAGACCGCUCCAAUGACCUUGACCUUUCCCAAGGAUGCAGGUUAGUGCUCGGGGUCACAAGUGAACCAAGGUUUCCUGGCUCGGCUCACCCCUACCCUUCUGGGGCAGCUCGCUUUGCCACGUGUGGCUCCCGAGCCUUGGUGCCACUCAUGCAAAACCACAGGCGCUCAGUCGGUGCCACACGCGGUUCCCAACACUUAGUGCUAACAGGGCAGUCGAUGCAAACUGGCUCAGUCAUUUCUUUUUACAGUGACUACAUGUUGAAACAGUAAAUCUCUUGGAGAGCUCGGGUCGAAUACAAUAUACUAUGAAAAUGCA